AAGAAAUUGAAAAGAUGCAGAAGAGCGCUUCAUCAGGGGUGUCAUUGCUGGGCCCAGGAGGCUUAGACCUAACACACUCCUUCUUCACCUCCAUACUCAACUCUGCACCGCCCUCUCCCACUAAGCGCCACAACAAGGUCACUGUAGUUGGCGCAGGAAACGUCGGAAUGGCCGUAGCCCAAACCAUCCUCACUCAGGACCUCGUCGACGAACUCGUCCUCGUCGAUGCCCUCCCCGACAAGCUCCGCGGCGAGAUGCUGGACCUGCAGCACGCCGCCGCGUUCCUUCCACGCACCAAGAUCCACGCGUCCACGGAGUACUCCGUCACGGCUGGGUCUGACCUGUGCAUCGUGACGGCAGGGGCACGGCAGGUGAGCGGAGAGUCAAGGCUGAACCUGGUGCAGAGGAACGUGUCCCUGUUCAGAAGCAUCAUUCCCCCUCUGGUUCAGCACUCGCCGGCAUGUGUUAUUCUUGUGGUUUCGAAUCCGGUGGACGUGCUAACAUAUGUGGCCUGGAAGCUGUCAGGGUUUCCGGCGAACCGCGUCAUCGGCUCCGGCACCAACCUGGACUCUUCCCGUUUCCGUUUCCUGAUUGCCGAUCAUCUUGACGUCAACGCUCACGACGUUCAGGCAUACAUUGUAGGGGAACACGGCGACAGCUCGGUGGCCCUGUGGUCAAGCAUCAGCGUGGGCGGAGUUCCGGUGCUAAGCUUUCUUGAGAAGCAAGAGAUAGCGUACGAGAGAGUGACGCUGGAGAAGAUACACAAGGCAGUGAUAGAGAGCGCCGAUGAAGUGAUCCGUCUGAAAGGGUACACAUCGUGGGCCAUAGGGUACUCUGUGGCUAACUUGGCUCGAAGCAUUCUGAGGGACCAGAGGAAGGUGCACCCCGUUUCGGUUCUUGCAAAGGGGUUUCAUGGUAUCCAUGGAGGGAAAGUGUUUCUGAGCUUGCCGUCGCAGCUUGGUAGGGGAGGGGUCAUUGGUGUUACCAACAUCCAUUUGACUCCCAAAGAGGCACAACACCUCAGAGACUCUGCCACCGCCAUCCUUGAGGUCCAAAAUCAACUUCCAAUUUGA